AACACCGUUAGUUGAGCUCUCUUAUUUCAUCCAGAUUUUUGAAUCAAACAUCUUUUUUGGCGCCGAUCGCUCGAUCCUCGAAAUUUUCUUGGUAGAAUCAUGGCGCUGGCUACUGUUCGAUCGUCCUCUUGCUCUUGGCUCGCAUGCGGCGGUGGAUCAAGAUCAUCGCUUUCAGGGUUUCCGUCGGCAUCCCUCGGAGGAUCUUUAAGAGGACGCGAUCUCUCUCUGGAAUGCUCCAGCAGCGGCAGAGCGGCGAGCAAUCGCAUGCCAGUAGUGACCGUGCGCAGCGCUUACGGAUCAUCAUCGAGCAUGUCUUCUUGGCAGAACAGAUUUCGAGCGCUUAGGAGCAGCAGCACCGAAUCGGCCGUGAGCAGCGUUCCUGUGCAAGUCGCUCAUGAUCUUCUCAAAGCUGGGCACCAUUACCUCGACGUCAGAACUCCGGAAGAGUUCGCUGCCGGCCAUGUCGAGGGCGCUGUCAAUAUUCCAUUCAUGUACAAAUUUGGAACGGGCAUGAUCACCAACUUAGACUUUGUCCCAGAAGUGUCAGCACGAUUCAACAAAGACGACGAGAUAGUAGUGGGUUGCCAGAGUGGUCGAAGAUCAAUGGCUGCGGCCACGGAACUUCUUGCUUCGGGAUUCACUGGAGUCACGGACAUGGGUGGCGGCUACGGUGCUUGGAUCCAAAGCAAUCUCCCCGUCCGCAAAUGAACUCCAAGUAAACAGUGAUUGAUUAGAGAGAUCACUGAACUUGUCGACGAUCCUUGUGUAUCUAGUCUCAAGCUCCACGAGAAACGCGCAUGCCCCCGCGGGUUUCUUGUGAAGAUAAGUCUGCUCAUCCUCCCUCCUGGAGA